AUGUCACCACCGUCAGCUAUUAUAGACCCAAUGGCUUCAGUCAUGACGCCGCCCAGUUUCCCAAAUGGGUUUACCAACAAGGGCACUAAGAGCUCCCAUCAUCAUCAUCGCCUCAAUCCCGAGUAUACCAUUGUCGAACAGCCUAUCGGGACCCGGAGACCACUUCGCGUAGUCUGCCUUGGUGCGGGCUACUCGGGUCUUAUGAUGGGUAUCGUUUUCAAUGAACGUAUGAAGAAUGCCAAUGCAGAAAUUGUGAUUUAUGAACGAAACGCUGAUCUGGGAGGAACUUGGUAUGAGAACCGAUACCCGGGAUGUCAGUGUGAUAUCCCAGCACAUAACUAUGCGUACAGCUUUGCUGCCAACCCGGAGUGGCCGAAUUAUUAUGCGACAUCAGAGCAGAUCCAUUCUUACAUGAAAGAUGUCGCCAAACAAUAUGAAGUUGAGAAAUACAUCCGCCUUCAGCAUUCGGUUGAAUCUGCGAUUUGGAAUGAGGAAAAAGGGAAGUGGAAUCUCCAGAUUAGGCACGGCUCUAGUCUAAUCCCAGACGAAUGUGAUGUCUUCAUCAAUGCAAGCGGCGUGUUGAACAACUGGAAGUGGCCCUCUAUUGAGGGACUAGAAAGUUAUAAAGGAAGACUUAUGCACUCGGCGCAUUGGGAUUCCACUUACGAUUUUACCGGUAAACGCGUUGCCUGUAUCGGAAUCGGAUCCUCGGGCAUUCAGAUUGUCCCUAAACUUGCCAGUGUUGUCAAGAAUAUGGACUGCUACGUACGAAGCCAAACUUGGAUCAGCCCAGCUCCUGGGAUCAAUGAACCGACCGCAAAUGACCCAGAAAUGGACAAAGAUUAUAAUUUUGCAGAAAGCACCUUAGAGCUAUUCAAGGAUCCUAAAGUCCUUCGUGACUAUCGCGCCGCCAUUAUGAACCGACGAGCAGAGAAUUUCAAUCGCGUAAUUGCUGAUUGCGACCUUCAAAAGCAAGCUCAAGAUAUGUUCCGAAAGUCUAUGACUGACCGGUUGGGCAACAGCGAGAAAGGAAAGCGUGCAGCUGAACUCCUUGUUCCCUCCUUCCCAGUUGGAUGCCGUCGCCAAACACCCGGGCCGGGUUUCUUGGAAGCUAUUAUCCAGGACAAUGUCGAACUGAGAUGGGACGACGUCUCAAAAAUCACCGAGGGAGGAAUUCUGACGCGAAGCGGCGUGGAGUUGGAAUAUGACAUUAUUGUCUGUGCUACGGGCUUUGACACUUCAUUCAAACCUUCAUUCCCACUAGUCGGUCGCAAUGGAGUCAAUAUGGCAGAAAAGUGGGAAAAAGACGUCCCCAAGGCAUAUAUGGGCAUGUGUGUGCCAGAAUUUCCGAACUACUUUUGCUUUGUUGGACCCAAUUCACCACUCGCUAACGGAUCCCUGAUUCUGGGAAUUCAAGCGACCGCGGCAUAUAUCUACAAAUGGAUGGAGAAGAUGCAAACAGAGGGCAUUCGCAGCUUUGAAAUCGAAGAUGAUGUCAACGAAGAGUACAAUCAGCAUAUCCAAAAGUACCUUGAACGUACAGUAUGGACUCGAGAUUGUCGCAGUUGGUACAAGCGUGGUACUAUUGAUGGUCCAGUUAUCGCCAUAUACGGCGGAUCCAUCUUCCAUCUCUUGGAAGCCAUGAAGAACCCGCGCUGGGAGGACUUUAAGAUGGACCGGACACCUGAAGCAAAGAUCAACCGCUUCUCGUAUCUGGGCAAUGGAACUACCCUAAGAGAAGCUAAGGGAGGUGACAUCGGUGCCACGCAAACGCUGGACUUUGAUGAGUUUUGGAACCUGUUUAAUCUCCCACAGAUCCAUGAUUAG